UCUGUGUACAUUUCUCCUGCAAUAAUCGUCCGGCAUUUGACGCAGUGCGUUGCUAAUUUCCGAGAUAAAAAGCUUGAAAACCCUUGAUAAGCGGCACCGAGACCCCUCGAGCGUCCCACGGGCCCCCAAAGUUCUCCAGGAAGUCUCCCAGGCCCAGUCCCACCGCGAGUUUCUCCAAAGACUCGAGAAAAAAGUGCAAACUCCGAGAAAAAAAAACAGGGAAAAAGAGGUUGGAACAAUUUCGUUAGGGAGGGAACGCUUGGCGCGUUACGGCGAUAGAUCGAAACAUUGACAUUGGGCGGGGGCGGCGGAGAGGGGGCAACGAGGAGAGUUUGUCGGCCAUUUUGGCGUGUCAGUGUGUUUCUCGUUACGUUCCCCUGUGGAUUUCUGAAUACUACGCUCGCUAAUCGGCAUCGGUGUACAUCCUUCACGAGAUUAAUAGGAUCACUGAACUGUUUUCGAGAUGAUGACCGAAACGCAUAUUAAUUCCAAUCACAUGCUGAAUUCGGGUCUGACCAGUAAGUCAGACCAUGAGAAGAUGGACGAUGUGGGCUGGAAAGCAAAACUUAAAAUUCCACCAAAGGACAAACGCAUCAAGACAAGUGAUGUCACAGACACACGUGGUAACGAUUUCGAAGAAUUCUGCUUGAAGCGAGAACUUUUGAUGGGAAUAUUUGAGAAAGGAUGGGAGAAACCAUCGCCAAUUCAAGAAGCCAGUAUACCAAUUGCCCUGUCUGGUAAAGAUAUUCUGGCCCGUGCCAAGAACGGUACAGGAAAGACUGGAGCUUACUCAAUCCCAGUAUUGGAGCAGGUUGACGCCAAGAGAGACGUUAUCCAAGCAUUAGUCAUAGUGCCUACCAGAGAAUUAGCAUUGCAGACAUCUCAAAUCUGUAUUGAGCUCGCUAAACACAUGGAUGUUAAGGUUAUGGUGACCACUGGUGGAACUAAUCUGCGUGAUGACAUUAUGAGGAUUUACCAAAAAGUUCAAGUGAUUAUUGCAACACCAGGUCGUAUUCUCGAUCUGAUGGACAAAAAUGUCGCCAACAUGGAUCACUGCAGAAUUUUGGUACUUGACGAGGCUGACAAACUCCUAUCACAAGACUUCAAAGGCAUGUUGGAUCAUGUUAUUUCCAGAUUACCCCAGGAACGACAGAUAUUGCUGUAUUCAGCCACGUUUCCCCUCACUGUUAAACAAUUCAUGGAAAAACAUUUGAGAGAUCCAUACGAGAUUAACUUGAUGGAGGAGUUGACACUUAAGGGUGUCACACAGUACUACGCCUUUGUUCAGGAACGCCAGAAAGUCCACUGCCUCAAUACAUUAUUUUCAAAACUCCAAAUAACACAGAGUAUUAUAUUCUGCAACUCAACGCAGCGGGUUGAAUUGUUGGCCAAGAAAAUCACAGAUUUGGGGUAUUGCUGCUAUUACAUUCAUGCCAAAAUGGCACAAGCACACAGAAAUCGUGUGUUCCAUGAUUUUCGCGCUGGCCUAUGCCGAAAUUUGGUAAGCAGUGACUUGUUCACGCGCGGUAUUGACGUCCAGGCUGUGAACGUUGUAAUAAACUUUGAUUUUCCAAAAAUGGCUGAGACCUAUCUCCACCGUAUCGGUCGCUCUGGCAGAUUUGGCCACUUGGGUAUUGCCAUUAAUCUGAUAACUUACGAGGAUCGUUUCAAUCUCCAUCGUAUUGAGUCUGAGCUUGGUACAGAGAUCAAGCCAAUUCCCAAAGUGAUAGAUCCAAGCUUAUACGUUGCAAGACCAGACGACAGCAACAGUAUGGAGGAAGGUAAUGUGUCGAAGUAGUUUGUCUCAACGAUUAUAUCAAGAACAUUGAAAAACCAGAAUCGCAAAUUUUGCAUUAAAUAAACACCCAUAAAUACAUUAAAUUAAAAAACCCUAAAAAAUAAAAAAAAAUGAUGGAAGAAAUACAGGAAGAGGAGGAGGAGGAAGUGUUUUUUUUUUCUGGUGACUCGUACAUACUAUGGCAUUAAUCCUCGAUUACUUCGAACACAAAAACGUGAGAUAGUGAAAAAAAAAUAUAAUUAAAAUACCAACAAAACUGGAAUAAACGUUACUUAAGUCUGAUAAAAUGUCUCAAUGGGGUGUGCGUGCUUGUAGCCAGUGUAAAAAGACAGUUCAAGUGCUAAAAAAGACGUAAAGGAAGACUCAAUCAACAAGAAGAAAAAUACAUGGAGAAAUUCAUUGAAAUUCGCAGCUGUUCACUUCUUCGUUACAAAAUGGAUGAACAGAGGGAUUAAUAGAACGAAGAUGUGAUUUUUUUUUUUGUAAAUAUUAUGGUUAAACCGAGGAGAAUCAAUCACAUCAAUUGAAAUCGGUUUGAUUGAGAGACAUUAUUUCAAAAAAUAUAAAAACAAAACGAUAUGUUUAAAUUAAUUCGAUGAACUCAGUGACUGAAGUGUGAGCGUGUGCCGGUGCGAGUCAUUUAUUCUCUGUAAAUAGACAACAAUAACGUUUAAAUGUACAUAAUUGAUAAUUAAUUAGUCAGAGUCAAGCCAUUAUCAAGAGCACAACGCGUAGAAGGGGAUAUUCAUGGGAGAAUUGUUUGAAUUGAUACAGUGGAAGGGGUUAUUCUUAUGGAGGAAUUUAAAAUUGAUGGAUUUAUUGCAUUUUAUUCGUGUACAUACAGCAUGAGAACAAAUAUUGAGGGGGUUUUACUAAGGAUGAACGUUUUGAUACUGAGGGCCUCGUUCUUUAUUAAAUUGUGGGAUUCAAUUCAUUUGGGGAUGGGGGGGAAUUUUUUGAGGGUGGAAGGAUGAACCUUAAAUGGGGUACUACCUCGGUAACGAUGGGGUUGAGGGAAAAAUGUCAGAAGAUAUUUUUUGUGGGGAAUUUUCUUAUCUACAAAAGAACACUGAUGGUAUUUUUCACUAAAUCCACUCGUUAUCGAGAUAAUUGGGAAAUUAGUGAAAGUGUUUUGUUGAAUUUGAGGGAUUCGCAGGGUUAUUUCGUCCAGAAAAUUGUGAUUUAUCUCGGUGAUGACGGGUUUUGGGGGGAAAUGUUGCGGGACAUUUUUUGUGGGAAAUUUUCUCAGCUGCAAAAAAGGUUCAGGGGUGUUUUUCCCUAAAACCUGUUGCCAUCGAGAUAAUCAAGAAAAUGUGAAGUUUGAUUCAUCAAGUUUUCUCACUCCUCAAAUAAUUUGAUAAAAACUCUUAUUAAGAAGUUCAUUUUCUCUUGGCCUGUUCAAUUUCAUUGGUUCAUUUCAUCCACAGAGAAAGAAAAAUCAUAAUUUUUUUUCAUUAAUGAAAUCGUUACGUUUUUAACGUUUUCGAAUUUAUCAUACAACUGUAAAAUAAACAAAACGUAUGUAUAGUUUGAUUGUGGCUUGAUUUUGCAAUCUCAAUACGGUCAUAAAUACAACUCUGAAAAUCAAAUCACGAGAAUCCAGAAAAAAUUACGACCGAGAUAAAAAAAAUCUGUUUUUUUUCUUCUUUUUUUCCCAUAAAAAAAUUCAAAAACUUUUUUGUUUCUCCCUUUUCCCUGUUUAUUCCGUGUUUUUUUUUACCUCGAAUGUGAUUGGAGAAAUUUUUUUUAAUGGUACUGUGAUUGAGAAUCAGAGGGUUGUAAAAUUGACUAGUUUUAUACAAUUAUUUUUAUAACCGAUUUGGCUGAUGGGCUUCGUGGGCGCUGUGGGGGAUCGUAAAUACAAAAAUAAUUAAUUAUUGAAUGAUUUUAAUUCAUAAUUAACAUGCUGUUACGGUCCAUGAAGGAGAGUUAAAUUACCCCGGAUGUUUUCAUGAUUUUUUUCACCGAUUAAUUAACACUCGACGAAAUGAAAAUUAUGAAAAAAAAAGCAAAAAAUGAAGAAAAUGUGAAAGUAUUUGUACAAAACAUGGUGCUGUGAUGUUUUUCUUCACUAUUUCAAGACCCAGUAUCAAUCAUUGUCUCUGUACAUGAGUACUUGAUCAUUAAUAAUCCUCAGAAGUACUCGAAUGAUGAUUAAAAACAAAUUAAACGAUUAAAAUCAGUGGUGAAGUGGAUAAUAACGAAAAAUAAAAAAUCACACUUUCACUAAAUCGCGAUUAUCUCGAAAACUGCUGGGUUUAUUGAAAAAUGUCGUAAGAUAUUUUAUGUGGGAAAUUUGAUUCUCUACAAACAGUGUCUGAACAUAUUUUUUGAUAAAACCACUCGUUCACGUAAUCAUUACGAAAGUACAUCCCAGCGUCAUUUUUACCCCUUCACUACUGAUCAACGCUCAUUAAAAAUCGAAGAAUAAUCAAUUACGAUCCUGCACACCUACGAAACACAUAUAUAACAUCACGUAUACCUUUUUUUCACUCUACGAAAAUCGCAAGAACAUAAAACAAUUAAAACUAGCGAUAAAACCUGAAAUAUCGUAAAUCGACGAAAAACACUCGAAGAGACAUUUAUUGUAAAUGUGAACAUGUGAGUGAGGUUUGUGGGUGUGUGAAGUAACCUCCCAAUCCUCGAGAAAAUUCUUUGUAAUAUAACCGGGCCAAAAAAACCGAUACGAGAGUGGCAGUCGAGCAAAUGUGAGAGAAACGCGAUAAAAAAAAGGGAAAAAUGGUUUUUAAAAAAUUCUCUCCACAUCCGAAAUAAUCCUGAGGGCUCCGGCCCUCAUUACCGAGCAUUAAAAAUGAUUUUUUAAAAAAAUUGUCGAGGGAGAAUUGAAAAAUUUCCUCGAACUUGACGAGCGAAAAAGAAAAACAUGAAAAUAACGAAAAACCAUUUGCAAAUGAAUCUCUUUUUUUGACUCAACAAUCUUGUGUGAACCGACUGAUGAGUGCUGGUAGAUCCAUGCCACUAAAUGUAAAUUAUAGUCCAACGUAUUAAUUGCUAUUGCAAAGAAAAAUGCAACAAAAAUAUAUAUUAUAUAUAAAUAAAGAAGGAGAACGAAGAAUUGUGUCCAUCGACUUUUCACUCCAGAGAAGUCUGUAAAGAUGAAUUAAAUGCCCUUCAUUCUUUAUUUAUUCAAAUGAGGAUUGUGUUCGUUAUUAUGUUUGUGGUGGAAUGAAUAGAGCUGAAUGAAACAGAAUGGAGUUGAAUGAAAUGGCGAAACACCCGAAAAUAACAGAAAGGGGCAUUUUUAUUCUGGAUAAAAUGUAGAAUAACCGGUGAUAAUGUUUUCCAUUGUGGUUUUUAGGUUUAAUUAAAUGAUUGUGAGGCAUGAUGAUGGAUUAAUCGUUAGAUGAUGAGCUUGAAAGAUGAAAGAAGUUGUGUUAAUAGAGCAGAAUGGAAAAUAAGUCAACCAAAAGCAGUAACAACUGCAGUUGUAAUUGCAGUUUUAUCAUUUUCAUUAUUCGAUUGAUUAGUUUCGUUGGGGGUUACGAUUAUCUUCGAAUUAUUAUUUCUUACGAUCAAAGUGAGUUAGGGUGAUUCAGGGCUCGAUGGGAUCUCGUUAAUGUCCGGACUGAAUUAUUGGAGAAGUCUUGAAAUUUCUGUUUUUGGGGUCUUAUGGGCUGAAUAGUUUCAGUCUCGGGAGAUUAAUGCACCCAUCGAGGAAGGGGGAGGGGUUUUUUUUGGAGAGAACAUUGCGGUUGAGGUGAUGUCAGAUGGUGGAAACGUCUAAUAACAGAAAGUUUU